AUGGGUGCUCCACCUAAGGGUGAUGCACCAAUCAUUACCCCCAAUGAGCUCGCUGAGGCAGAUGGGCUCAUCUUUGGCUUUCCCACCAGAUAUGGCAUGAUGGCUGCACAGUUCAAGGCCUUUUUUGAUUCCACAGGUGGGCUCUGGAGGACCCAGGGGCUCGCAGGGAAGCCUGCUGGCAUCUUCUUCAGUACAGGCUCUCAAGGAGGCGGCCAGGAGACCACAGCCUUGACAGCAAUCACCCAGCUAACUCACCACGGAAUGAUCUUUGUGCCAAUUGGAUACACAUUUGGAGCUGGCAUGUUUGAGAUGGAGCAGUUGAAGGGUGGUAGCCCCUAUGGUGCCGGGACUUAUGCCGGGGAUGGCUCGAGACAGCCCUCAGAGCUUGAACUUGAGCAGGCUUUCCACCAGGGGAAGUACAUUGCCGGCAUUACCAAAAAACUUAAGACACCUGCUUGA